AUGACUGCUCCUCCACCAUACUCUCCUCCAACACCCAGAGACAUCCGCUCUCUAACCGACUCUUUGAGCCAAGCUUCUACCAGCGAUAGUUCCUCGGCAUCCAGCAUUUCGACAACUUCUACAAUCCUGCCCCCAUAUCCAGUAAGCAGAGACCAUGAACCUCGAUCCGUGCCGUCCAUCACGAGCCAUCUUCAGAGGUUGAGAUCCCCAGGAGACUCGGGUACCUCUAGCUCAACCUCCUCGAGCACCCGCGAUGCAGGCUUCAGAGGCCUCUCCGCCGCCGAAGCGAAACUGCGCGUCCUCGAACUCAAGCGUGAAGCACAGGCUGCAGCUGCGAUGAAGAAACCCUCCAACGAGGGUAUGUUCAAAACAGCCUGUGCCACGGAUGUGCUCUUCCUCAUGGAUACCACGUCUUCUAUGGGCCCGUAUAUCGAUGCCGCGAAGGAGCAGGUCAAGAAGAUCAUGCAGGAUAUCACCGAGACGUUCUACAACGAGGCGGAAGUUCGUAUCGCUGUGGUUGGAUACAAAGAUCACUGCGAUAGUAUCAAUAUCCAGUUCAUUGACUUUACCACUGAUGUGGAAAGAGUCCGACAGUUUAUUGAUAGGCUGCGGGCUAGUGGUGGAGGUGAUGUACCGGAGGAUGUUCUUGGAGGUAUCCAAAAAGCCAUCAAUGCGAGCUGGAAGAAUCCGACACGAUGUAUAAUUCACAUCGCCGAUGCACCUCCCCAUGGGAGUAUCUUUCAUAAAUGGGGCACGAAGGGUGAUGAUUACCAUACCGUCGGAAGCGAACCGCACGGUCUCAAGUAUAAGCCUCUUCUCAAGAAAAUGAUUCGUCUCAACGUCAACUACGCUCUGCUUCGCAUCAAUAAGUACACCGACACCAUGGCGUAUCUCUUUCUCAAAGAGUAUGCAUCUGCAUCAGCGGACUGCAAGCUCCUCAAGACCAACACCCACUAUCUCGACGGUUUGAAGUCCAACUCCGAGGCACGUAGCAGUAUCCGUGGGAUGAGUAGUUCAAAGGGGUCUGCGAAGGGCGGCUUGCUUUUUGAAGAGGCGGAGCUGGGUACUACCUAUAGUGCUCUUCGCCAUUUAGUUGUCAAGAGUGUUACUAGCUCUGCUUCUCGUACUGCGGUGCGAAUGUCAGACUCGUCUUCCCGAACUGGAGAAAAGGGUGGUAAGAGUACUCUGACGCCUCAUCUCGAUGCUAUUGGGGAAGAUGAAGAUGAAAUCAAUGAGAAACAAGGCAUGAAGAGCACAGUCAUGCUUGAAGAUUUUGAAAAGCAAUGGACCAAUCCUGAUUGGUUCCAGGACAUGCUCCGCGUCGAAGGCUUCUCACCAGACACCGUCAUCCAUCGCUCAGGAACCCUCAACGAUAUGAUGGCCCACGAUGACAACAUCAAACUCAGCGUCAUGGAACUCACCGUGCACAAGCGCCAACGCCCCUUCGCCCAAGGCGCUCUCCGGCUAGCAUACUGUGCGAAGACAAGACACUCAACAAACCCCUACGUCGUCAAGACCUUCAAGCGCAGUGGCAAGCGUCUUGCGCAUCUAGCCGAGGACAUGCGCUGUCAGGCUCUUUGCAAGGCAUUUGCGCUGGAGUUUAAUGCUUUGACAGGUGAUAAGCACGCCAUCGAUUUCAUCGUGACGACUUGUCUGAAGGGUAAAAAUGGAGAUUCGGACAGUGAUUACAUCUCGCUCGAACCGUUCAUUGAGGGUGAUUAUGUCAAGUACAACAAUAACUGCAGUUACGUGAACGAGGAUAACCCUGAUGAUGAGUUCAACAAAGCUGCCCAGGCGUUCUCGCACUUUACCUACGAGCGCUCGUGGGGAAGCUUCCUGGUGUGUGAUCUUCAAGGCGUGGGUCAUGUUCUCACCGACCCGGCUAUUCACACUCUUGACCCCGAGCGCUUCAAGCUCGCUGACACGAAUCUUGGAAAAGAGGGGUUUAAGUUCUUCUUCGCCACACAUGUCUGCAACGAGAUAUGUGAAAAGCUCGAGCUCAAGAGCAAAGCCUCAAUGAUAACCUCGGAGAAAGCCGAGUUCCGCGAAUGGUGGCCCACGAUGGACAACACAGUCUGCUGCUCCAACAAACUCUGCGGCAAGAUCGUGCGUGUCGCCAGCGCGAACAAAUCAGAUGAGUAUCAAGGGUGUAACUGGUGCGACACGUGCUGGCCGCAGUUGGAAAGGACCAAGGAGAAGAUUGUCUGUAUUGCGCCUGGGCCGGAUCAUGAGUUUGAUGUAUCGAGGUUUUACUACGAGUCGCAGGGUCAGAUACCGCCUGGGAAGUGCGCUGAGCAUCGGGAGAGGGAUGAGACUGUUGCGAGGACGGCGGUUGUGGGGGGAAAUUUCUUUGGGAGGCUGAAGUCGGCGACGAAGAAGAAGUCUAUCUCUGGCAAGGCGUGGUGA